AUGGAUCAGGCUAUUAUGGCUGGCCAGUACAAGCUGGGCAAGCAGAUCGGCUCCGGCAACUUCUCCAAGGUGCGCCUCGGCACCGAUCCGCAGGGCCGCACGUGGGCUAUCAAGAUCGUCGACAAGCGCCGUCUGAAGAAGGAGAACAUGGAGGACCAGAUGCUGCGUGAGGUGGCCAUCAUGCGCAGUCUGCGACAGCAGAACGUGGUGAAGCUGCAGGAGGUGCUGCAAUCCACGAACCACUACUACCUCGUCCUGGAGCUGGUGACUGGCGGGGAGCUGUUCGACAAGAUCGUCGCCGCCAAGCGCUUCGAUGAGCCGACGGCACGGCGCUACUUCCACCAGCUCAUCGCCGGGAUGUACUACUGCCACUCGAAGGGCUUCGCGCACCGCGAUCUGAAACCGGAGAACCUGCUGCUGGACGGCAACGGCACGUUGAAGAUUUCGGACUUCGGUCUUAGCAACCUGCAACAGGAUGUGCUGCUGCAGACGAUUUGCGGGACGCCGAACUACGUCGCACCGGAGGUGUUGAUGGAGCGGGGCUACAACGGUCUAUCGGCGGAUAUCUGGAGCUGUGGCGUGGUGCUGUACGUGAUGCUGGCCGGCCGUCUGCCCUUUGAGGAUCGAAACAUGAACGUCCUGCUGGGGAAGAUUGAGCGGGGUGAGUUUCAGAUGAUCCGUCAUAUUUCAGAUCAGGCGAAGGACCUGAUAGCGCGUAUGCUGACCGUAGACCCGCGGAAACGCAUUUCGAUGGAGGACGUAAUAAACCACCCGUGGUUCCAGGUGGACUGGGAUCCGAGCCUGCUGACGAGUUGA